AUGGCGAACGUCAUAGCAUCACAGUCCUCUGCGGCCCUUACAUUUGACCUGGUUGCCCGCUGCUCUACAACCCGGGCUCGGGCCUCCAUCUUGACGCUGCCUCAUGGAACCGUCCAGCUGCCGAUUUUCAUGCCCGUGGCAACACAAGCCUCACUCAAGGGCCUGACCCCGGAGCAACUGGAGGAGACAGGAUGUCGUCUCUGCCUCAACAACACCUACCACCUCGGCCUGAAACCAGGACAGGAGGUCCUCGCGGCCAUCGGAGGCGCGCACAAGCUUCAGGGAUGGAACCACAACAUCCUCACUGACAGCGGCGGCUUUCAGAUGGUGAGUCUGCUCUCUCUUGCCACCGUCACCGAGGAAGGCGUUCGGUUCCUCAGUCCGCAUGACCGCACGCCCAUGCUGCUGACCCCCGAGCACUCCAUCUCGCUGCAGAAUACCAUCGGCAGCGAUAUCAUGAUGCAGCUCGACGAUGUCAUUGUCACGACAUCGCCGGAUAAGGCACGCAUGCAAGAGGCCAUGGAGCGCAGCGUGAGGUGGCUGGACCGCUGCAUCGCUGCCCACCAGAACCCCACGACGCAGAAUUUGUUCUGCAUCAUCCAGGGUGGGCUGGAUCUGGAGAUGAGGCGUGACUGCUGCAGGGAGAUGGUCGCCCGGGAUACGCCGGGGAUAGCCAUCGGGGGUCUCAGUGGCGGAGAGGCCAAGGCGGAUUUCUGCCGGGUUGUAGCCACAUGCACGGAGCUCCUCCCCGAGCUCAAGCCGCGUUACGUGAUGGGUAUCGGCUACCCUGAGGAUCUGGUGGUGAGUGUUGCGCUUGGUGCCGACAUGUUCGACUGCGUGUGGCCGACGAGGACCGCUCGGUUCGGGAACGCCAUCACCAAGAAUGGAGUCUUGAACAUCAAGAACUCCAAGUACGCCAUCGACUUUGGACCUAUCGAGGAGGGAUGCGGCUGCAUCUGCUGCAGAAAGGGAGAAGGCGGGAUUGGUGUCACGAGAGCCUUUGUUCACCACAACACAUCCAAGGAAACCGUGUCCGCUCAUCUCCUCAGCAUACACAACGUUUGGUAUCAAUUGCAGUUGAUGAGGGAUGUUCGGACCGCCAUCAUUGAGGACAGGUAUCCGGCGUUUCUGAGGCAGUUUUUCGCUGACAUAUACCCCGACAAGGCUCAAUAUCCCGACUGGGCCGUCGGCGCUCUCCAAGGCGUUGGGGUUGACCUGCUUGCGGAUUAG